CGCCGUCGUUCUCCUCUCUUCUUUCUUAGCGCCGAAGAUUCACGACUCCGCGUGUGCCCUGCGCAUCUCUCGCGCUUCUCAAAUCCACGCCCCGCAACCCAUUUCCCUAAGGAAUCAGAAUCCGCCGCUUCCUGCCCCGUCCGCCCCAUACUUGUUGACGAAGGCUGCCCUAGAACCCUCCUCCUCUCGUCCACCUCCUUGGAUCCCGACUCCCCAGAUCAGCAGAUCGAUGGAGGCGAAGAUGGGGCGCUUCUUCGAGUCGGUGGGCAACUUCUUCUCCGGCGGCGACAACAUCCCCUGGUGCGACCGCGACAUCAUCGCCGGCUGUGAAAGAGAGCUUGCCGAUGCUGCAACUGAAGAACAGAGGAAUGAUAGCCUUAUGAGGCUAUCUUGGGCCCUUGUGCAUUCCAGGCACCAAGAUGAUGUAAACCGUGGAAUAAGCAUGAUUGAAGCUUCCUUGGAUAACUCCAGCAGUCCACUGCAGACUAGGGAAAAGCUGUACCUGUUGGCUGUUGGGAGCUACAGAAGUGAUGACUACUCAAAAAGCCGGCAACUUGUGGAACGUUGUUUGGAGAUUCAACCUGAUUGGAGGCAGGCCUUAUCUCUGAAGAAGGCAAUAGAAGAUAAAAUUGCCAAAGAUGGCCUGAUUGGCGUAGGAAUAGCGACAACUGCCGUUGGACUUCUGGUUGGUGGAAUUGCAGCUGCUGUUGCCAGGAAGAAGUGAGAUGAAUAGAUGGUAUCUGCUCACUGAAGUAGGAGACGUUCUUUCUGUAAUUUCAGCUGUUCUGGUGUUACAUUGGUGACAUUUCAGCCGAAUUGGGACAGUUGUCAUGUGUACAAAGUGAGUGGUUCAUACUAUUGAAGCACAGUCUUUGUUCACUGGUUUGGCCAUCGAUGUAGGGUUUUAUUCUCACCAAAUAAAUCAGCUCAAAUAUAACCAUUUCACUCA